AUGGUCGCUAUUCAUCCAUUUGACACUGUCAGAGAUUACGAAGUUAGAUUAGCUUCCAAGUUAGUUAAGGAUGCUUAUCCUGCCUCCGCUAAUGUUCACUUUGUCCAAAUUGAUAAGGUUGAUCCUCCAAAGAAGUCUAUGAUCAAGUACUUGGAAGCUGAAAAGCUGGGCUUGAAGGUACCAGAAAUCCCAAGAGUGUUAUACUGCUACUACUACACCAACACUUUAGAUUUCAACAAGGCCUUGGUUAACGUUACUGUUGGUCACAUUAUCACCAAGACUCAAUUACCUAAGGGUGUUGUUGGUCCAUUCUUACCAGAAGACAUGAUGGAAUGGGAAGAACACUGUACCAACCAUCCAUUGGUUCAAGCUGAAAUUGCUAAGUUGAAGUUGCCAAAGGGUUACUCUGUUAGAAAUGAUCCAUGGAUCUAUGCUACUGAUAACGCCAAUGAAAGAAGACCAUUGGUUCAAUUCUUCAUGUACGUUUUGGCUGGUAAUGGACACUCUGAAUCCAACCACUACUCUUUACCAUUGAAAUUUUCUCCAGUAUUUGAAGCAUUCACCAAGAAAUUCAUCAGAAUUGACUACCUUCCAGGUGGAUACGACGAAACUACUGUACCAACUCAACCAUGGCAAGAAGUUCCAUGUGUUGAAUACCAUCCUGACUUAAACGGUGAAGACACCACUUCAAGAAUCGUCAAGCCAUUGUUGAUCUCUCAACCAGAAGGUCCAUCUUUCAGUAUUGAGGGUUCCAAGGUUAAAUGGCAAGGUUGGGAAUUCAGAGUCUCCAGUUCCGCUAGAGAGGGUUUCGUGAUAUAUGACGUUUAUUUCAAGGGUAGACAAGUCUUUUACAGAAUUGCCCUUUCUGAAAUGACUGUUCCAUACGGUGAUCCAAGAGCUCCAUACCAUAGAAAGCAAGCCUUUGACUUGGGUGAUUGUGGUUUCGGUGUUAACGGUAACCAAUUAGGACUCGGAUGUGAUUGUUUGGGAGUCAUCAAGUACUUGGAUGGUGUUGGAAUUGACUCCACUGGUGAACCACAUGUUAUUCCAAAUACCAUCUGUAUGCACGAACAAGAUAAUGGUAUCUUGUACAAGCACGUCAACUACAGAACCAAUAACGCCGUUGUAGCAAGAAAGAGAGAAUUUGUCGUUCAAACCAUUGCUACCGUUGCCAAUUACGAAUACGUUAUCAACGUUAAGUUUGCCGUUGACGGUAACAUUGACAUUGAAACUAGAGCCACCGGUAUUCUUUCAACCAUGCCAAUCGACGAAAACGUUAAGGUUCCAUGGGGAACUAUUGUUGGACCAAAUGUUAUGGCUGCAUACCAUCAACAUAUUCUUUCAUUCAGAAUUGAUCCAGCCAUCGACGGUCACAAGAACACUGUUGUUUAUGAUGAUGUUGUUAAGUUACCAACUCAUCCAGUUAAGAAUCCAUUCGGUAUUGGUUUCGUGACUGACCGUAAAUAUGUCGAAAAGGCCGGUUCCGUUGAUCAAUCCCCUUUCACCAACAGGACCUACAAGAUUAUUAACGAAAACGUUAUCAAUCCAAUCUCUAAGACCCCAGUUGGUUACAAGGUUGAAAUCCCACCAAGACAAAUGAUUUUGGCUGAUAAGGACUCUUUCAACGUCAAGAGAGCCAAGUUUGCCACAGAAGCCGUGUGGGUUACCAAAUACAACGACCAUCAAUUAUUCGCUGCCGGUGAAUUCACUAAUCAAUCCCAAAGAGAUACUGGUCUUGGUGAAUGGGCUAACGGUGUUGAUCCAGUUAGAAAUGAAGACAUUGUCGUCUGGGCUACCUUAGGUUUUACUCAUAUUCCAAGAGUUGAAGAUUUCCCAGUUAUGCCUGUUGAAACUCAUAAUAUUCACUUACAACCUAACAACUUUUUCACUAGAAAUCCUGCAUUAGAUUUACCACAAGCUAACAACAAUUUCAACAAAUCUCAAUUAGUUGCUGGUAAUCCUACUAAGGCUUGUUGCAAGAACAACUUAUAG